AUGGAUGUGAGAAAUAAGGAUGAAGUUAUACUACGAAUGAAAGCUGCUGUUGCUAGUAAGCAAUUUGGACAGGAGGAUAUUCUGUGCCCUCUAAUUGCGGAGGCAUGCAUACAAGUGUGCCCCAAAAACCCAACAAACUUUAAUGUGGAUAAUGUCCGUGUUGCUAAGCUUUUGGGUGGAGGUUUACAUAAUUGUACAAUAGUCAGAGGUAUGGUCUUGAAAACUGAUGCUGUUGGGAGUACAAAGAGAAUAGAGAAGGCAAAG